AUGGCAUCUUUCGGGGAGAAACUCGGCGGUAUUGUGACAUCUUCGUUUGUGGGCUAUGCCUUGUCCAUGUGUAAGGAGACAGGAAUCUUGCAAGUUUUAAUCGAGAGUCGGACACCUCUGACAUCACAGGAGGUUGCAGACAGUAAGGAGCUCAAAGAGAGGUAUGUACGGGAGCUUCUCAACUGUUUAGCUACAGCAGAACUAGUAAAUGUGUCCACGAACGAGGCUGGAGCUCUGGUGUAUCACAUUCAGGAGGAGGAGAAGAAAGUAUUCAAAACGCCUUUGAUGCCUUUUAUGUCCUUUCUGUCUGCAUUUAGAAGAGUGUAUGACACAGUCAAAGACUGCAUACCCGUAUCUGGACCAUAUGGUGCUCGAUAUUCAGAGGAGGUUCACAACGUAAUUGAGGAAUUCAGCGUCUGUCACCAGGAACUAUUUGUGGAUGGUUUUCUCAACAGGGUGGAGGGACUCCGGGAGAGACUGGAGAGUGGUAUUGAAGUCAUUGAAGUAGGAUGUGGAAGAGGGCGACUGCUGGCCAUGUUUGCUCAGAUGUUCCCAAAGAGUACUUUUGUGGCUUCUGAUAAUGUCCCCAGUCUCCUGGCACGGCUCGAGGACACACUUGGUCACAUUCCCAACAUCAGGUUCGAACUGCUAGAUCUGUGCUGCCAGUCUGACCAGUCAGUCAAGCAGUAUGAUUGGGUCUACUGUGUUGAUGUCAUCCACGAUCUACCCAACCCUCCAGAAGCCUUGGAGGCAAUCAAGAAACUUGUUAAAAAUUAUGAUGGCUUGUUUACGAUAAUUGACAUUUUGACAUCAGGCAGUCCAAUUAGCGAUAAGGGUAAUAUGCAUGUGGCUUCUAUAUAUGCAGCCAGCUCAUUCAUGUGUGUUCCGGAAAGUUUUCAAAGGAAGGAGAGCUAUGCGCUGGGGGCUUGCUGGGGAAAAAGAACAGCCUUAGAUGUGAUUACUGCAGCUGGGUUUAAGGUCAAGGACAUUGACCUGGAAAAUAACUUUGUUUUGUACAUUUGUAAACUUUGA